AUGGAUCGGCGUAUGCACGAGAAAAGAGAGGCACAGAAGAUCGAGCAGAUGGAGAUGGAGGUGCAAACGGCAGCAGCGAGCUUCAAGCCAGGUUACCGCUUUUAUAUGGCUUUCUCAUCACUGGCUCUUCUGGCAAUGAUGGCUUCAUUAGAUGGCACAUCUGUCUCAGUCGCGUUGCCUAUCAUGGCAGUAGACCUAAACGGCACUGCGAUCGAGUCCUUCUGGACUGGAACUAGCUUUCUUCUUACCUCAACCGUCUUUCUCCUUCCUCUCGGCGCUAUAUCGCACAUAUUCGGCCGCUUGCCGACUCUUACUUUCGCUAUCCUCUGUUUUACCAUCGGUAUUAUCAUCUCGAGUGUAGCACAGAAUUCAAUCGUCAUGCUCGUUGGUCGCACCAUGCAAGGCGUUGGCGGUGGUGGGAUAGUUUUACUAAACGACAUCAUCAUUACCGAUCUGGUACCCAUGCGGCUACGCGGACUGUAUUCCGGCAUCAUUGGAGGGAUCUGGGCCCUCGGUUCUGUGACAGGUCCAGUCAUUGGGGGAGCAUUGGCAUACAAAGCGAGCUGGAGGUGGAUUUUCUGGAUUAAUCUUCCCUUUGCUGCCCUGGCAUUGGUCAUGGUUCCCCUAUUCGUAAGGCUGAAAUUGGUGCCUGGCACGACAGUCCAGAAACUCAAACGUGUUGACUGGUUUGGCAACGCCAUUUUCAUCACCGCCUUGACCACCUUCCUAAUUCCCGUAACCUGGGGCGGCGUACAAUACCCAUGGACCUCAUGGCAUACUCUUGUUCCUCUGGUACUAGGCUCGGCUGGUCUCGCUGGAUUCUUCUUGUACGAAAAGUAUGUCGCAAAGGAGCCGACCAUGCGACUCAGUGUUCUUGGGAGCUACAAUAUGGCCUAUUCACUGUUCGCCAAUUUCAUCACAGCCCUCAUUGUCUACAGCUUGCUUUAUUUCCUGCCGCUCUAUUACGAAGGUGUCAAAGGAUAUGAUCCCAUCAUCACGGGUGUUGCUCUCUUCCCCGCCACCUUCACCAUCGCUCCUGUCUCGAUCAUAGCCGGCAUCAUCAUCGCAAAGACAGGCGACUUCCGUGUCCUAACCUGGGCUGGCUGGCUCGCCGCCACGCUCGGAGGCGGCAUCACAUGCCUACUGAACGUGAAAACCACAACCGUGCAGUGGAUCUUCCUUACUUUACCCGCCGGCGUAGGUCUCGGCCUUCUCUACACAUCACUCACCUUCGUCAACCAGGCUGCCUCGAGCGACAGCGAUAUGGCCUUCGCGGUGACGAUCUUCGUCUUCUUUCGCUGCCUGGGCCAGUGCGUUGGCGUCGCCAUUGGAGGCACCAUCUUUCAAAACCAGAUGAAGCAGCGCCUGAUGGCCGUUCCCGCCCUGGCCGCUGAUGCGCUUGCCUACUCGAGAGACGCAUCGCGUCUAGUCCAGCAGAUCAAGGGAUUGCCGGAGGGAGACAACAAGGCUGCCCUAGUACGGGCAUACGCCGACUCUCUGAGGAUCGUCUGGGCGGUCAUGUGCGCGCUGAGUGGAGUAGCGGCGUUGGGUAGUGUGUAUGUGAGGAAAAUGAGUCUGGAUCGUGCGCAUCGUACCGAGCAAGGAUUGGUGGGACAAGAGGCAAAAGAGGGUGUAGAUAACGUCGAAAUUUAUGGCGUCGAUAUGGAGGGGAGAAAAGUGCGUCUGACGGAUUGA